ACCUCCCUCCACACUGACACUCAGAUGUACAAACACAUCGGUUGUCGUCACAGCGCCUCCAAACCUUGCAUCAAAAAUCAGCCCAUCAGACACUUGAAGCGUUUUAACGGCAGACAUCUGACCCUCCUGAAUGAGCCCGAGACGAUUCAUCUCUGCUCUCUCGCCUUAGGACCACCUUUCCUCACUCUAUAUUUCUCCUACAAGUUCGGCAGCUGAUCCCGGCUCAGUCAGAGGGAGAUUUUUUUUGUUGCGGCUGAGAAGAAAGAUCAGGGACAGUUUGACAUGAGGGGGGACGCUCCACAAAGAGGUAUGAAGACCACAUAUCUGUGGGCUGCCGCUCUGCUGCUGUCAGUCGUCUCUCUGGUGACCAGUGCCGAUUCACGAAGUUCAGGAAAUUCUGACUUGAGAGAAAGCUCAAAAUCCAAAGUGAAGACCUACUGGACUGAAAGCAGCAAAGCCGUCUCCAUCAGCCGUCUGCUGUCCCAGACCCUCUAUGGCAAAGAGAACUUCACCUCUCUGGAUCUGAACUAUGACGAAGCAGACUCAUUCUCUAAACAGGAGCAGUGGAACUGGCUUUACAACAUUUCAAACCCCCGGGACCCUCGAUCCAGGACAAAAAGGAGGCCCAUCGUCAAGACCGGCAAAUUCAAGAAGAUGUUCGGUUGGGGUGACUUCCAUUCCAACAUCAAGACGGUGAAGCUCAACCUUCUCAUCACCGGUAAAAUCGUGGAUCACGGUAAUGGGACAUUCAGCGUCUACUUCCGCCACAAUUCGACGGGUCAGGGCAACGUGUCUGUGGGACUGGUUCCACCGACCAAAGCUGUGGAGUUCCAGGUCCACCAGCAGCACCAGCAGUUCCACCACCAUCCCCAGCAGCAGCAGCAGCAGCAGCAGCAGACAGCUCUGGAGACCAAGGACAACAAGCUGUUCAACUGCAGGGUGGAGUACGAGAAAGUGGAGAAGGGCACCAGGAACUCACUGUGUGCCCACGACCCCUCGCAGAGCUGUCCGCAGGAGCAGACCCAGAGCCACGUGUCCUGGCUGUGCUCCAAGCCCUUUAAAGUCAUCUGCAUCUUCAUCACCUUCUACAGCACCGACUACAAGUUGGUGCAGAAGGUGUGUCCAGAUUACAACUACCACAGUGACACCCCGUAUCUUCCCACCGGGUGAACACAUAACCAGACGAGGACAAAAAAAAAAAAAGAAAAAAAGACGCAGAGGCAGGCUGUCGGGUCCUGAGCGAUGUCAGAUUAUUGGAAUGAAAAUGGAGUCAAGACGCUUCAAACAUGAGACGUUGACGGGCAUUAUUACAGCUAACAUAUCUUUGACGCAAGACUGAUAUUGCUCCAAUGAACAGACCUACCCCGAGUAUGAGAGCAUUUAGGGAAGCGUUUAUAGGCUUGCGAUCCUCAUAUUAUAUGCAUAGCUGCUUACAUUGAAAGGAAAUUCUCAAGCCAACCGUAAAAAUAUGCUGAUUGUAUUUAUGUAAAUAUUGUGGGUUCCACACAAAGACCAGAAAACAAUUUUAUUAAUGUUUUCUCCUGCUAAUUUAGUUGUUUAUGUCGAUAGUAUAUUUCCAUCUCAAUCAUGCUUUCUGUCAUUUCCAAUCAGUCUGUGGUAAUCAUUGCAAACACGUAAAUGUCAACGCAAAUAAGAAGAAUCUGUUAGUAUGCAUUGGAGGGCAAACAUGUUUUGAGUGUUGUUGUCUGCAGUGUGAUUGCUAGAAUGAAUAUACCUCUCUGAUAUUGUUCUUGGAAUCUCUUCCAUGUCCAUGCAUGAACCAAAUAUGGUAAACAACUGAAUAACGUCCAUCUAUAUUUUCAUGUUAUUGCAGCAGUCAGAAAUAAUCUUAAUCAAGUCACGGGGGAUAAAGAAAAAAAGUACUUAUAUUUCUAUUUUGUGUUAGCAGUUUUAAGGACACGGUAAAUGACACCAUUGGGAAGCUCUAAUCAGAUCAAACAUGCAAACAAGUAAAUGUCGCAAUAAAUAAAUAAAACUUGCAGAAGACACACAAGAAAACAGAGAUAUAGAAGAUAAUUUUCUGCACUGCUGCUUAAAAAAAAUCAGAGCCAAAGUGCCCCUGCAGUAUCCAAAAAUAACUAUCUGUACACAGUAAUCAUUUAUAUAAAAAGUGCUGGAUGAUGAGAAAUAAACAAGAUCAAAGGUGUGUCAAAGUGUUUAAAAAAUUAGAUAUUAGAAAAAGCAGAAGACAUGGAAGUUCAUCUAACAAAGGCUGACACAGAACAAAUGGUGUGUUAAAAUGUGAGAUGUGGUAAAAUUGGGUUUCUUGCUCCAGAGGAGACAGGACAUAUAUUAAACAGCAGGUGCUAAUCACACAUUCAACCUAUCAAACGUUUGCACCUCUGGUUAUCAAAAAAAAUCUGGAUGAGACUAACACUGGCUGUUAAUGAUAUUGGAUGUUCCAAUUGGCUAUUAAACCUUCAUUACAUAAAUUGGGAGCCACCAGCUCCACGUGAAGCAUUUAGAGGAAAUGAACACAGUGUAAGUGGAAGCUCUGCAGAGUCAACACAAUAGACAGAAUGAAUUAAAAGUGCCGAUUGAAAACCUGUAAAAAAGCACAAAUGUGCACCUAGGGGCGCAAUCACUGCUGUCUAUUUAAAUUCAGUGCUCUUUCACAGUGUACGCUAUGGUAUACGCAACACAGUAACUGCUAAUGGCAGCCUGGACGACAUCCAAUAUGCCAACAUGGGGUGUAUUUUCUGACAAGGCAGGCCAAAGAAUAGGGGUCUGCCUGUGGGAUGAGUGAGCAUAAAGAGGAAUUUAUGAUGUGGAGGAACAAGGCUGGCAGAAAUCACUGGAAGCACCUGACUCGUAAAUUGAGAGCAUGUUUCUGUCAUCGAGAAGAAGGAAUGACUAAUGUCUCAGAUUGCUGUUUGGGCCAGUUCUUUCAUCUCAAUAAAGUGACUUUAAUAUCUCUCCACCCCUAGCCAAAUGUGCCAGGGACAGUUUGUUCAGCUUUAACGAAUUAAAGCAGCACUUUGCAGAGACAAUGCUGCCUCAUUAUGCACAUAAUCUUACAAGUGUAAACAGUCUGGCAAAAAAGUGUUUGGGUGUGAGAGCUACUGAGAGAUGGAUCUGUUCCCCGACUGAUGUCGCCUGAGGGCAAAUACAACAUACUAUGUUGUGUACUGUUUAAAAAUAAUGUACAUAUGUAUUCACAAAUAUAACCUAAAGCUGCACUAAUCAAUAUUUCAACAAUGGAUCAAAUUACCACGUCUAAGUUGAAAUGUGUGACAAACCCACAGAAAGUUACCGCCUGAGUGUGCGGAGCGUUCUAACAUCUUUCAGCCUAUUGUUUUGUUUUUUAAGACCCACAACUUCACGGUUUUGAUUCACUCUCACUGCUCACAUCAGCACUGUUUCAAGCAGCAGGCAGUUUUUUUUUGUUUUGUUUUUUAAACAGAAACACCUCUGAUAAACCCACUGUGCACCACCUGCCCAGCACAAAACAGCAGACAGACAAAGUUAGCUACUAGCUGGCGAACAUAAUGGAGCAUUUAGCAGCUAAACAGGCAGGUUAUUUCCCUCAGGAGUUGGUAGAAAGCAAAGGAGCGUGAAUAUUUAACUUCCAUUGGCCAGGUGGCCAGAAACACAACUCUAAAUAAAUACUAACGUUCCUCUGUGUCUGCUAAAAGGGUAAAUAAGAAGCUAACGGUUUGUCAUUUCAACUUUAUGAGGUGAUAAUUUGUCAGUGUUUACGGCUUGUUGCACUCGUGCCAAGUUGCCAAACACGUCAAAUAAUACAAGUUUUGUGCGUUUUAAAUCUGAUAUUAUUUGCAGACAUCAGGCUGUUUUACUCCUGUAAUUAAUAACAUUACGGAUUUAAAACAAUCUUCAGCAUCUGGAAAUAUAAAAAGCUUAGAUUUAGUUGUUUAGUCUGGUAUUAGUCCCUUUAUUAAAACGUCAUCAUUGUCAAUCACUUUGGGAGUGACUGCAGGUUUUAAUUUUAUGUUUUGUCUUUUAGCGCUAUGGGCUAAUCUUGUUAACUUUCAGAUCACUGACUGUACCUUCAAUACAACUCAAUCAAAUGAUUAAACAGAGGGUAUGUGGAUUGUAGAGUUAUAUUAUUAAAACAUAGGAAAUUAAACUCAAACCGAUCUCAGAUAUCUAAUAACCUGAAUUCAGUUGCACAUCUUUUUUCUUAGAGAGUAAUUUGCACAAGUGGGAUUCAUUUAACUCCUCUUUAAAGCCAACACUUCUUAAAUUAUGUUAAUUUCAAAGCACCAGUUUACCCAGCAACAAGAAAAACUAGCCGUUUCCUCUGUCCGUUUAACGAGCUUUAUGUGUAUGAAUGAAAACGACAGCAUUACAACCCGGCAGUGUUUGGACGUCUCUAAGUUAUCUUUGGGCCCAGAUCUUCUCCCUCGGUUCAGUUGUCCUGGGCCGGAGCCAUUCAUGCCUGCCGUCUAUCCCCUAGCUCGCCCACAAUCCCUGAUUAAUGUGGUCUGGGCGGGAGCUGUCAGAAAUGGCAGAGAGAAUCAUGGGAUUUCUCCUUCAGAGUCCCAAUGACACCCAGCAGCUGCAGGAGUAAACAGAUGACUAACCACUGGCCUUUUGGCAGCCUGUGGAGAUUCACACGGAGGGAGGGCUGCGAACGUUGCUUUGACAUUUAGGUGGAUUAGAAAGUUCUUGGGUUCUGCUCUCGUGGUGUCAGAGGUGGUUGGCAUAGUAAUUAUUUGCAUCUUGGUUUUCUUCCGCUUGACCCCCAACCACAGUGAAAAUGUAAUGCCUCUUUUUUUUUUUUCACUCAGACAUUUGUUCAAAUUAAAUGUUUAAAGUGUAAAACAUCCUUACGAGCCUAUUUUAUAAACAAAUCACAUUUCCUUUGCGAGGAUAUAAUAGGUAUCUUAGUUUAAAAAACAACAAGCAAUUGUCAUUUCAAAUCAUGUCCUGCUGCAGAAUUCAUUUCAAAUCUGGGCUGAAAGCUGUCCUGGGGCACAGUUUUGUGUGAGGUAUUGACAUAUUAAAGGCUCUAUCAGACAAUGA